UCAAGGAAUUCCUAAGAUCUGAACCCCAUAAAGUUAUUUUGUAUCAGUAAGAUUUCUAACUAUUGGGAUUGCCAUUUAAGUGAAAUUAUGCAAUGCGCUCACUGUAGUAAUUCUUCCUGCUUUCACUGCCAAUGCACCGUGUGUGGUACUCAUAUCGAAGGGCGGUCUCAAUUACGCUGUCUGCACUGCGCCUCUCUCACCCACACUAGUUGCGCGAGGAAUGUUUUGGAUGACACCCCAUUGGUCUUAGCGCCGGAUCCACACGCUGCACAGCCAUUCAUUCGCUCUGCAAGCACUCCAGGUGGACAUUCCUCGUCGUCUCUUUCAAAUGUGAUUGUCCAUAGCUAUCCCUACUAUUGUUCUCCUGAUUGCAUUUUGAAGGUGGAGCUCUACCCCAACCCAAACUUCGAAGAGACUUUAAGUUCCGAGGUCGAGGCGGAGGCUGCGCGGCGAUGGGCUAAAGUUGUAGCUCAUCUAUCGUCGGCAAGUGGUGAAGAUACCGAGAGUCGACGAAUAGUUCGGGGUUCACCUGCCCCUCUUUCGUUUCCUAUCGAGUGCGCUGAGGAUGCAGAGAGCAGCCCUUCGUUAAAAGCGGCGUUCUUGCAAUUGCGCUACGAAACGUGGCUGCGUUACUUUGAGCAAGAACGUCUAUUCCACGCCCACGCCGUGUGGUUGCCUCCGACGCACUUAGCCGUCAGCGAGACCCUGCUUCGCCAGGCUAACAUGUUGGUUUCUGCGGAAGGUCAGGCACGCCGCCUUUAUAUGCUCCCCCCUGCAAGUGUGCCUGUAGGAUCCAUCUUGGCACUUCCCAAUGAUAAGAUUUGGAAGGAAGCCAGGCGUCUUCGUGUCGGCGAGACGAAUAACUAUUUGGUCGAGUCCAUAGAACGGAUAUGUAGCAACACACAGAAAGCGAAGACCAGUGCCGUGUUUAGCAUUUCCGAUCUCGUUGAUGCUAUGUCUUCGACGACUUAA